AUGGAUUCUAACGAUCGAGCUUGGAUAGUAACUAGAAAUCGCAUAAGUCAAGAGUACACACUUGGGUUGAACAAUUUUCUAGCUACUGCUAGACGUCACUUGGGUGUAGAUGGAAGGACGUUAUGUCCUUGUAAUAGAUGUGAAAACACAUGGCUACAACGACUCCCCAUGAUUCGAGCUCAUAUCCUACAAUAUGGUAUGCUUGCAACAUACCAAAGGUGGAWCCAUCAUGGUGAAUCUCUUAGUGACGAAGAAGAACACGACCACUUUGAAGAUUCAUCGAAUAAUGACGAAGAUGACGAUACUUUGAGGGACACUAUUAUGGAUGAAGAAGGACGCAUGUUCUUUAAUGUUGACCGUUCAACUGAAAAUGACGUUAAGGAUAAGUCUGAUGUUAACCGUGGUCGUUUUGACAAGUUGAUUGAGCAACUUAACAAGGAACUGUAUCCAGGAUCAGGGAAUCUGACAUUACUACAAUAUGUAGUGAAGUUGAUGCACAUCAAAGUCUUGAACAAGUGGUCUGAUAAAUCGGUAAACAUGUUGUUACAGUUUGAACAAAGUAUUCUCCCAUCGGGCCACAAUCUUYCGACAUCAUACUAUGAGAUGAACAAAAUCUUGAUGGAGAUUGGGUUGGGAUAUCAUAAUAUUGAUGUUUGUAAUCAUGAUUGUGCUCUGUUUUAUGGAGAACAUGCUAACCUACUUGCAUGUCCUGUAUGUAAUCAUCCUCGAUACAAGAGGAACAAGGUUCCUUUUAAGAGGAUGAGAUAUUUUCCAUUAACACCUAGACUUCAACGGCUUUAUAGUUCACGUCAUACUUCUGAAGAUAUGAGAUGGCAUGCCGAGAAACGAAAGCCAGAAGAUGGUGUGCUACGUCAUCCAGCUGGUGGUGAGGCUUGGAAAGACUUUGACUUGACUUAUCCUGCUUUUGCGACAGAUUCAAGGAAUGUAAGGCUGGGUUUGACAUCAGAUGGCUUCAACCCCUUUGGGAAUAUGAGUGCAUCAUAUAGUACUUGGCCUGUAAUGGUAAAAGCAUUGAAUCUUCCUCCUUGGAAGAUGAUGCAUCAAACCAGUUAUAUGAUGUGUUUGCUAAUUCCAGGUCCAAAAUCCCCAGGUAAAGAUUUUGACAUUUUCAUGCGGCCAUUAAUUGACGAGUUAAAGACUUUGUGGAGUGGAGUAACAACAUAUGAUGCUACUAGUGGAGGUAUGUUCAAUCUUAAAGCUGUUGUAUUGUGGACAACAUCAGACUUUCCUGCAUAUGCUUACUUGUCUGGUUACUCCACAAAAGGACACUUGGCAUGCCCCGAAUGUUUAGGAAACACGCAUUUUCGUAGUAUCAGAAGCAAAACAUGUUAUAUGGGGUCGAGAAAGUGGCUACCUUCUAGUCAUCGAUGGCGAAGAAGUAAAGAAUUUGAUGGUUCCGUUGAAUUUAAUGAACCAAGUAGGCCGAAAUCUGGUGAUGAGAUCAUUCAGCUACUAGACCGGUUACCUUUGAUGACUCCUGGGAAAGCACCAAACAAUUCUGGUACGAAAAGGUAA